UGCCGUGCCGUGCCGUGCCGUGACUUGUCGUGACAAUGCAGUGACAAUGUGCCAUUCAAGGUCAGCAUACUUUUUGUUAUAUGUAGCCUACAUUUUGAUUUAAUUUUGAUAGCAUGAAAUAAAAGGAUUGUCAUAUCCAAACACAAAACUAGACAUUCUAUCAUUUACUGGACAUUCUAUCAUUUACAUGCGUCAAACUGGUCAACACAGUAGCCCUCAGUAUCGGCCCAGAGGUAAGGGCUGUACAAGUAAGUCGAAAACUUUAGUCUUCGUUUGUUUUGGAAAAGGACUAAGUUUGAACAUCAGUAAGACACACAGUGGACACUUCAUUAAAGACAGGAAGUAAUUAGACUGCAUCAACGCGCAGCGUUUGCACCUGGAGCGCACGCUGUCUGACGGUGUUCGGCCACAAGCCGGCUCUUUGCGCCUUGUUUGGACCAGGAGACGGGAGGACAGAGGACGGGAUCGUCGUUUCGAGCCAGGAGCAACGCAGCGGCAGGCAGAUUGAGGACGCCGCACUGAUCGAACAACAGCCACGGCGGCCACGGCCCUCACAGUUUGGAAGGACAGCUGAGCAGCGCUGUUUGAAGUUGUGUACUCUUUUCGAAGACAAUAUUUUGAAUACAAGAACAAAGUCACGAGCCAGCAUCAAGUAAAGACCUCGAUGAAGAACCUCUACCUCAUGAGCCGGAGGUGGUACUACAGUUCCCCCACAUACAUGAGGAAGAAGAGGUACUACGUUCCCGACACAUUAAAGAGGGAGGAGAGGUACCACGGCGCCAGCACUUUAAAGAAGAAGCAGAGGAGCCCCAGCUCCAACACAUUAAAGAAGAAGCAGAGGAGCCCCAGCCCUCCCACAUUAAAGAAGAAGCGAUGGAACACAGCAUCAGUCCGGAGGGAGAGGAUGUUGAAGGACUGGAGGAGUCUUCAGUUACUGGUGUCCCUGUGAAGGGUGAAGAUGGUGAGGUUGAAGGGGAAAGUGAGGAGAAGAGCGAGGCGGAGCCUCCAACUCAACACAUGACAACAGAAGCUGAUGGAGGAUCACAAGCAGACAAGAUCGCAGCUCCACCAUCAGAUAGCGAGGAGACCAUGUGGCACUUUUCCGACGCCGAUGUUGAAGACCGUAAAGACGACAAGACGUGGGGCCCUGACGAAACUCUCUUCGAGUGUUUUCAUUGUGACAAAACGUUUGCCCUCAAAAAGUCUUUAAAGAGACACAGGAAAAAUCACACCGGAGAGAAUUCCUUCCCGUGCUCGGCGUGUAGUCAAGUGUUCAGCGUACAAGCGGACCUGACAAAACACGCGAGAACCCACACACAAGAGAAACGUUUUUCCUGUUCAGUGUGUGGCGUGGCAUUCACACGGAAAGAAAGUCUGAGAAUACACAUGAGAACACACCCCGCAGCGAAACUUGUUACCUGCUCGGUGUGCGGGAAAGGUUUCGUUCGAAGCGCCACGCUGAAUCGACACAUGAAAACGCACACCGGGGAGAAACCUUUCCGUUGCUCAAUCUGCAACUCCUCUUUUACGAGGAAGGAUCUUUUGGAAGUGCACGCAAAAAAACGCAGCAGAUUAAGACCUCAUUCCUGUUCCAUCUGCGGCGCUCGCUAUAAAAUGAGAAACUCUUUGAAGAAACACCUGCGAAGACACACCGGGGGAAAAGUGUUGAUUUGCAGCGUGUGUGAUGAAAGAUUAUUUGAUGGGUACCAACUUGACGGACGCGUGUGUGCUGAUGAGAAGGGCGGCAGUAAAGUCGAAAAGCGCUCCGCGUCUCUCAGGCAGAACUCAAAUGACGAUCGGGACCAACAGCAAAGUCUAAUCACUUGUUCCUUAUCCCAUUUCUGACAUGGCCUGAAAGUUUCAUUAACUUUGAGUUACUUUUCAAUUGUUUUAAUAGCAAACAUCCAGUUUAUUAGUGAUCCCCAGAGCCCAAAAGAAGUCUGCGGGCUAUAGGGUGGGGUGGUUUAGCUCGGUUGGUAGAGUGGUCGUGCCAGCAACUUGAGGGUUGCAGGUUCAAUUCCCGCUUCCGCCAUCCUAGUCACUGCCGUUGUGUCCUUGGGCAAGACACUUUACCCACCUGCUCCCAGUGCCACCCACACUGGUUUGAAUGUAACUUAGAUAUUGGGUUUCACUAUGUAAAGCGCUUUGAGUCACUAGAGAAAAAGCGCUAUAUAAAAUAUAAUUCACUUCACUUCACUAUAGACCGUUUUUUACUCUGGAAUGCCCUUUCAGUAACAGUUACAGAUGCUUCCUCGGUAGAAGCAUUUAAAGGCCUAUCGAAAUGACAUUUUCUUAUUUAAACGGGGAUAGCAGGUCCAUUCUAUGUGUCAUACUUGAUCAUUUUGCGAUAUUGCCAUAUUUUUGCUGAAAGGAUUUAGUAGAGAACAUGGACGAUAAAGUUUGCAACUUUUGGUCUAUAAUAAAAUGGCUUUGCCUUUACUUGAAGUAGCAGACGAUGUGCGCGUGACGUCACGGGUUGUAGGGCUCCCGACAUACUCACAAUGUAUAUAAUCAUAGCCUCAAGCAGCAAGAGCUAUUCUUACCGAGAAACCGACGAUCACCCCAUUAAUUUGAGCGAGGAUGAAAGAUUUGUGGAUGAGGAAAGUUAGAAUGAAGCACACAAAAAAAAGCGACUGCUCCGUGCGGCGGCAGUGGAAGCGUUUCAGAUGUAAUUAGACACAUUUACUAGGAUAAUUCUGGAAAAUCCCUUAUCUGCUUAUUGUGUUAAUAGUAUUUUAGUGAGAUUCUAAAGUCUUACCUCAAAGUCGGAUGGCUGCGGUGAACGCCAGUGUCUCCGAGAGAAGCCGAGGAGCCAAAAUCACAGCUGCCUUUUUGAGCUGCAGGAGGAGGUCCAGUAAUCCACUGAAGUCUCCGGUAAGAGCCGACUUAAUGUCUAAAUUUUUCCCAUACAAAAACUUGCUGGUUGACGUAGAAAAACACGUUCACUUGACCGCUCUGUACACAACACAAGUGUCAAACUCAAGGCCACAUCUGCCCCGCCACUCCAUUUAAUGUGGCCCUCAUGAUGAUGUGCCUCAAUAAAAGCACUUCCAUGCUAAACUAAUUUAUUCUUUCACAAAAUAUUCCUAAUCAUCUACAAUAUAUUUUUGGUUCGCAAAAAAAAUACUUGAAAAUUAGGUAUAAUUGUUUAACGAGAUAUUCAUACAAGCGGUCCUCUGACGUGAGUUUGACACCUGCUAUCUGAAAAAAAUAUUUUUCCUAAUAUGAAACAUGUAUAUUUUAUACACCCAAAACUUGCAUCAUCAUGCGGGAAGUUUGGUUUUCACCAUUUAUGGUCUGUAAUAUCAUCAAAAAGCUCAGAGAAUCUGUGGAAAUCACUGCAUCAAAAAGUGACAUCAGUGUGUAAAGGAUAUCACCACAUUUAAACACCCUUAAUUUCCCUGUAUUUGUUUCUAUCCUACCAUCCAAAUAAAAGAUAGCAUGAUGCUG